AUGCUGCCCAGCAGGCCCCGGUUGCCUAGGCUUUGUCAGGGCAAUGACUUCAUCUGGAUGGCACGCUCAGGGUCCCUUUUUCUGGGCAGCCAGGGAGGCCUUGAAAUUUGGCAGAGGCUGGAAGGCUGACUGAAGGGAGGUGAGUCCUAAUCAGUCCCAGGAAGAGGCUGGUAGUCCCCUUGUUGCUGGUCCAGGGGGGAGAACAUACAGCCAGAGGCCAGAGCUGUCUCCUUCCUCCUCAGUGCCAGCAAAGGAUGUGCUUCGCUAAACCAAGGCAGUAGAUGCUGAGCAGAAGUACAGCAGUGGCUGUGCUUGAGCUUCCUCAAGUCCUCCCCCCGACCCCAAAUCCACCACCUUAGCCUCUCCACCCUGGGAGCCCUCUCUCAGCUGAGACUGCAAAUGGGAUCCAAUCAUUCAUCUCACCACCCUCCUUCCCUGCUUUCCCAGUGCAGUUGCCAGAUCAGGUCCUUUAAAAGAAGGUUUUGGCUAUGUUUCCAGGAAGAAAUGGAAAGUCCUUGUGAUGGACCCUGCUGGGAAAUGGUACUACCACUGGCUCCUGGUUAUUGCAAUACCAGUUCUGUACAACUGGUGUAUGCUGGUUGCAAGAGCCUGUUUCAAUGAGCUCCAGAGAAAGUACUUGCUCUGCUGGCUGCUUCUGGACUACCUCUCAGACAGCAUUUACAUCUUGGACAUUGUCAUCCGGAUGCACACAGGUUUUCUUGAGCAGGGAUUACUUGUUAAGGACUUCAAGAAGCUGCGUGAUAAGUACAUUGCCACCUUGCAGUUCAAGCUGGACAUCUUAUCUAUUCUGCCCACUGACUUGGCAUACUUGGUUGUGGGCAUCCAUCGGCCUGAAUUACGCUUCAAUCGGCUGCUGCACUUCCCCCGCAUGUUUGAAUUCUUUGAUCGGACUGAGACAAGGACCAGUUACCCAAACAUCUUUAGGAUCUGCAAUCUGGUGAUGUACAUUCUGGUCAUCAUCCAUUGGAAUGCAUGCAUAUACUAUGCCAUCUCCAAGGCCAUUGGCUUUGGGGAAGAUACCUGGGUUUAUCCAAAUAUAUCAGAUCCAGAAUAUGGAUAUUUGACAAGGGAGUAUGUCUAUUGUCUCUACUGGUCCACACUGACCUUGACUACCAUCGGUGAGACUCCUCCACCGGUGCGUGAUGAGGAAUACCUGUUUGUCAUCUUUGACUUCCUGAUUGGAGUUCUUAUCUUUGCUACUAUUGUGGGAAAUGUGGGGUCCAUGAUCUCCAACAUGAAUGCCACCAGGGCAGAAUUCCAGGCCAAGAUUGAUGCUGUCAAGCACUAUAUGCACUUCCGCAAAGUAAGCAAAGAAAUGGAAGCUAAGGUUAUCAGGUGGUUUGACUACCUUUGGACCAACAAGAAAACUGUGGAUGAGUGGGAAGUGCUCAAAAACCUUCCUGACAAACUAAGGGCUGAAAUAGCUAUCAACGUCCACCUCGAGACUCUGAAGAAAGUGCGGAUAUUCCAGGACUGUGAGGCUGGACUUUUGGUGGAACUGGUGCUCAAGCUUCACCCUCAGGUUUUCAGCCCAGGUGACUAUAUUUGCCGGAAAGGAGAUAUUGGUAAGGAGAUGUAUAUCAUUAAGGAAGGAAAGCUGGCUGUGGUGGCAGAUGAUGGUGUUACUCAGUAUGCCUUACUGACAGCAGGAUGCUGCUUUGGAGAGAUCAGCAUCCUCAACAUUAAAGGAAGCAAAAUGGGGAACAGGCGAACAGCAAAUAUAAGGAGCAUUGGCUACUCUGACCUCUUCUGCCUGUCCAAAGAAGACCUCAUGGAAGCUGUGACUGAGUACCCAGAUGCCAGGAGGGUCCUAGAGGAACGUGGCCGAGAGAUCCUCACUAAGGAGGGACUAUUGGAUGAAGCGGCAGCUGCAGAAAGUAUGGAAGUGAUGGAUGUGGGGCAGAAGCUGGACAGGUUGGAGACCAGUCUGGAGAUGCUAAAUACUCGCUUCUCCCGACUCUUGGCUGAAUAUGAUGCAGCUCAGAUGAAGCUCAAGCAGCGGCUCACAUCUUUGGAGACCAAGGUGAAGGAAGACAAGCAGGAUGAGCUUUUUCCUGAUGGCUUCAUCAGCCCACUGGGAGAAGAAGAAGAAACCAAGCCUUGAGGCCUUGCUUCCUACCCUUUCCUGCUCAUUUAUUUUAUUUACUUUGCUUGUAUGUUACUCAUUCCCCAAAAGGUGGCUCUCAUCGGACUAUCUUACCACAAGAUCCAUUUCCAGACUGCUGGUCUUUACAUGGCCCUCUCCCUUAGGAAUUUUCUACACUCUCACGAUGGUUUUCUUUUUCUCAUCAGUUAACACUUAGAUAAUGGAGUCUUCCUUGAGUUGUUCAAGAAGCUCAGAUUCCCUCCAUACAUUCCUUUUCCUAACCUCCUCCCAGAUGGGCCAAUGCAGAUUCUCAGAUGUUCAUUCCAAAAAAACAGUCAUGAAAUGAAAGUAGACCAGACUGCCCUGGUCUUACUUUGACCUCUACUCUGUAACAAUAAACUUUCUUCCUUUUGAAACCUAAUUUCACAUUUGGUUAAUAACAGUGGAUAAAAGAGUCCCAAGCCUUCCUAUUUUUGAGACAAUUUCUAAUGGAAUUCUGCUGCCUAUGUUAUUUCACAGGUAGAAGGAAAGGAGGUGUGUACACAUACUUCAUGUGAGUUUGGUGUGGGUGUUGUGUGCCAGGGCAUGAAGUGACCUCUCUAGGUGAGGUCUGCAUAUUUCAAAAU